GAUUAGCUAACAGGCGAGUGUUUGUUAAAGUGGUUCUAGGGGCCUGCGCGUUUUUAGAGCCUUGUCUUUAAAUAACGUGACCAAUGCACAUUUUCAAACAUUUAGAUAUACCUAUCCUGACCUGUUCCACAUCUCCUAAUUAAUAAACUCAAGUAGUUAAUAGCUUGUAAUGCGUUGGCAUGGCUACGGAACAGCACACGUUUGAUCAGGGGAUUCAGGAUUUAAACUCAUUCUAUACUUCAAGACAUAUUAAGCGGAAUCUGUUUUAAUUUAGCCAGGUACUACAGGCAAAAGAUACAGCAAUAUGGAUCAAGAUGGAAAUUUGAUCAUGUUGGAAAGCACCAGUCUGGGAAAAUGCAAGAAGAUGCAUUUGCUAGUACAGGAUAUGUGCUAGCCCGAGAGCUGCACCCUUCCGCAGUCCAGGCAGCAGAGCGAUAUCCCAAAAUCUUCAUCAACCCUGAAAAGAAAACAAUGGGCAGGAAAUAUCCAUUUUCAGAGCAUGAUAACCGAGCCACACUGAAACAUAAUAUUGACACAUAUGGUUUGGGUCGUAAGAAGUGUGUGGGUGACCGCCAGGAGUAUAACUCUCACAUCUCCCUCUGUCACGAUGGCGGUGUGAGUGCAGUGUGCCCGAGCACCAGGGACCACUCAGCUUAUCAAAGAGACCCCCAGCCCAGGCAGGGUGCGGAGACCUCCGGCGGCCCCAACGCAAGGCGCUUUCCCAGAAGCCAUCUGCAGCGGACUCAUCGGGCUGCUACGGUCCAGGACAGAGAAGGCUACAUGUGGUUUGGGAGGCAUGAUUUAGAGCGCCACAUUCCCCUUAAUGUGCUAGCAGCCGCUAACCACUCCUGUUAAGUGAUGUAGCCCAGUCUCGGCAGACUGUAUUAAAGCAACCCUCUGUGUAAAUGAUCUUUUUCUUCUUGAUCUUUGUGUUUCUCAGUUCGACCACUUUGAUUUUAAAGCAGCCUGUGCCUAUCUUGUGUUAACAAAUUAUCUGACGUACAAGUCGAUCUUUUCUUCCAGUUAUUCGUUUUGACAAAGACACGUUCACAUCACCAGAGGUGUUUAUACUAGUAAAACAUAAACUUCCCAAAUCCUAAGGAAAACAAAACAUUUCUUCUGAUAUCUUACUGCGUUCGAAUAUAGACAUCAGGACAAUUUUUGCUAAUAUGUCAAAUAUAAAACAAUUAUUUUUAUGUUUCCCCUUAAAAUCGUACGAAACUAAAAUAUCCCAAUCUGGCAACCGGUGGAAACACGUUGUACGCCCUCGGUCGCCGCGCGUUUUCAUUGGCUGCCUUUAACCAUCGACAUAAACAGA